UCGUGAUUGGUCAGUGGUGUGAAGACAUCAUGGCGGCGGUUCGCCGCUGUGAUGUGUUCGUGUAGAAGAAGAAAACGUGUGCUCUGCACAGUGUCUGAGACUCUUACGAUAAGCUAAAGCUAAAGCUAACAGUGGAAGCUUUCUCACUGACCGAAGGACUGGACCCUUGAGCUAAGCUAACAUGCUAACCUGCAGCCCUGGACCAGCCGGUCCCUGGAGGAUGUGCUCAGCUGGAGUCAUGUGGACCACGUGGACCACGGGUGAACCGAGCCUCAAGAAGCACAGACCUGAAGUCAUUGUGUGGACCCCACCCCCCAGAGUGACCUCCAUGACCCACUGAAGAUGAAGCUGUGAUGUCAGAAGUCCGACACGAUGGCUGCAGUGAUGAACUUUGACCCGGAAGUGCACCGCUGCAGUCGCCCCUCAGUGUACGGCUGUCCUCCUUCGGUCCCUGGACCUGUGGACCGGAGCGUCUCAGCCUCUGGAGGAACCGGCGGGAUGGAUCUCAAAGCGGCUUCACCGGUAAAAAGAACCGAGCGACUCGCUGCUCGUCUUCCAACCGCAGGGCCCGACACCGGAGCGGACGCAGCUGAAGAGUUUGGAAAUGUUGAAAUCAAAAGUGAACCGGAAGCAGACGUGGAGAUCCAGUCCUAUCCCGUCCUGAAGAACCUGCUCGUCAAACUGACGGACUGUAGGAUGUGGCUGGAGGGGCGGGACUUCCUGUCUCUGGACGAUCACCCUGAGCUCUGUGACCACAGACCCAGCCAGCACUGCUCAACGAUUACCGGCAGCAGGAAGAUGGUCUACUGCUCCGAGUGUACCAGAGGUUUCUAUAAGAAGUCUCACCUGGAGGCUCACCUGAGGAUUCACGGAGGACUGAAACCCAAUGAGUGCUGGCAGUGUGGGAAAACCUACCCGACCCUGAUGAGCCUUGUCAUCCAUCAGCAUAUCCACAAUCGCAAGGAACUGUACCAGUGCUCGUACUGUGACCAGACCUUCGCUCUGAAGAGGGACUGGAAGACCCACCACAGGACACACUCCGGGACCAAACCCUUCAAAUGCUGGUUCUGUGGGGACGGCUUCGACGAGCGGGAAGAGCUCACUGAGCACCUGGAGUUGCACAAGGGGGAGAAGUGUUACCACUGUAAUGUCUGCGACAAGAUGUUCAUCUCUUACCAGGGUUUCAACUUCCACCGCAAAUCGCACAAGAACCAGAAGCUGCUGUCCUGCCCCAAAUGCAUUAAGACGUUCAGCAACCCUCAGAGUCUGAAGCUCCACCAGGUGACUCACUCCAACAGGAAGCCACAUAAAUGCCCCACGUGUGGUAAAGGCUUCAAGCUGCAGAGCGGCCUGCACUGCCACCAGAGGACCCACGAGGACCUCAGGGCCUACCACUGCACCGAGUGUGGCAAAUGUUUCUCCAGCCUCCAGGGUCUGAAACUGCACAACCGCACCCACACUGGACUGAAGCCCUAUAAGUGCACCGAGUGUGGGAAGAGGUUCACCCAGUCCCCCCACCUCAAGUCUCACAUGGUCACACAUACUGGAGAGCGGCCAUUUCUGUGCAUCACCUGCGGCAAGAGAUUCACUCAGUCGUCUCACCUGAAGUCCCACAACAAGCUGUUCCACAUUGGUGAGAAGCCGUUCUCCUGUGACGACUGCGGAAAGAGCUUCACCAUUGCUCACUACUUGAAGAUGCACAGACUGAGCCACACCAAAGAAAAGCUGUAUCAUUGCUCGUACUGCGAGAAGUCCUUCUCCUACCACAACUCCUGGAGGGCCCAUGAGAGGAUCCACACCGGCGAGCGCCCGUUCACCUGCCAGGACUGUGGCCAGAGCUUCAUCACGUCAGGCUCGCUGCUGAGCCACCAGAGAUCCAAACACACUGGAGAGAAGAACCACUAUUGCAUCACCUGCGGAGAGUUCUUCUUCACCAGCUCGCUGCUGCGGGUCCACCAGCUCAACCACACGGGCGAGCGGCCGCAUGCCUGCAUCUGUGGCAAAACCUUUAAAACUAAAGGAGUGCUGCGCUACCACCUGAAGAGGUUCACCGACCACAGGCCUACUGGAUGAACGGCCGUUUGGAAAAUAUCUGGAUUUUUGAGAACACAAAUGAUGCAGGUCUGAGACUGAGGGAAGAGACAGGUGCAUGCAGGUGUAAUGCAACUGGAGGUUAGUUACUGUAGUUUUCCAGCAGGUGGUGCUGCAGUGACAGAUCAUGAAGAUGCUUUAAAACACUAACACAUUGAUGCCAUUUCAGUCAAAACUCCAACCUGUUGAUUUGACUCAGUGUGACAUCACUGCCUGAUUCUAUUCAGCUGCUUUUAUUUCCAUGGUGGACGAUGAUCACAGACAGAUCAACAAUAUGUCUCCUCAGAUACUUCCUGACAGUAACUCCUCUCUUCAUUCACCUUCCAUCAAGCUUCUAACUGUUUCCUCUAACCAGUGCUGGAGCUACUCUUCUGUGUCUGACGUUCUCAGUUACACGUGGCGUCUACUGCACUUGUGUCCGUCCUGGGAGACGGGUCCUCACGUGUCUCUGAGGUCUCUACGUUCUUUUCCCUGUUGAAAGGUUUUUUAGUAGUUUUACUCUUGAGUUAAGAACCGAUGAGGUCACAGCUCGUUAACCCUAUGAGACAAACUGUGAUUUGUGAAUAUGAGCUGUACAAACAACAUUUGAUUGAUUGAUUUUGAAAAGGAGCCGAUCGGUCAAUUCAGCUGCAAAUUCUUAAAAAAUGAUUCGUUUCUUGCACUCACUGGUUUUUUCUCUUGUUUGUUAAUCUUUGAAUCCAAAGCUGCGUUUACAGAUUUAUUUUUUUCCUAAAACGAGUGAAUAAGAUGAUCAUUAAAAAAACGUGCAUGUUUACUGAUGAUCACUAUGGAAUCAUUUAAAGAAAGAAGAAACGAAGCACCAAGAAUCUGCAGCUGCAGAAACAUGUCUGAACCAACUGCACAUGUGAACAUCACGUUAGGAUGAGGAAAAACUUCAGUUGUUUGAACGUUAGUCAGUUCGAUCCUGAAGGAGCAGCUUCAUUUCACUCACUUUGUUCCCCCUCUGUGUGUUUGCCAGAUCAUUGAUGAAUCAAACAUGUAUGAAGCACUUUGUUAUUUUAUAGACUGAAAGUGCAGAACUCAAUCAGGUUUCUGUGUAAUCCACAUUUGUGGCUCCAUAACAUUCAGAGGUCACUAUGCGUCUCAAUGAAAAUACUGAUUUGAUUGGUCGACAGGUGGCACAGACUUUACAGGUGUUGGAGGUUCACAUGUUCGGUUCAAACCAAGUGGGAGGAGCUCAAUCUAAAAUCCUGAAUGUAAACCAUGAAGGUUCUGGACAUGAAGACCAGACAGGACUCCGCUCAUGUUACCUGGACAAACACUAACAACUUGUACUAAUUGGUUGUUUGACUGAAAUUCAGGAAGUCAAUCAUCUUUUCAUUGUCCUGAUUUUGAAGUAGUGUGACUACAGCCAAUCAGUAGCAGAGCAGCAGCGAGACCAACAAUGACUCCAGCAUGGACCGAAGGGUGAAAGGUGGACUGGUAGUUGGAUAGGUGCCAGUUUGCCUAGGCACUACCUGUGUGCCCUUGAGCAAGGCACCGAACCCCCCAAUUGCUCCCCCGGAGCCUUCAUGGCUGCCUACUGUUCCGUGUGGUCACUGUGUGUAUUGUGUUCUGUGUGUGCUGUGUUCACACGGAUGGGUUAAAUGCAGAGGUCAUAGUUCCCCAUGUUGCAUGAAGUGCUGUGUGUGCAUGAUUGUGGGACAAUAAAAAUCAGAAUCAGAAGUUUUAUUAAUCCCAGUAGGAAUCUUUAGGAUUUGAAACACCACAUUUAGGAACCGUCCUUGUCGACUUUGGUCUGGUCCUGGUUCUCUGGAGACUUUUUAAUGACACCAGCUGCUUUGUUUCUCAGAUUUGAACCAAUGAUACAGUUUUUGAGGCUGGUGUGCCUCCAUACACAAUCAUCCAUCUGUGUCAUCCUGUUCUUCUCUUUCACAAUAAAAGUUCAAACCUGUACCGAG